UCGAUAUAUAAUGGUAAGAUGGAAAAGGGUUGUGAGUCGGAAGUAGUUGUGACUAAAGAAACCAUGAGAGGGCAAGUUGGUGGUAUGCCGUGUACAGCUUAUCUAAAUUUGAGAUUCGGAACAAAUAAUGAUUCCGAAAAAUCUCAUCCUCUUUUACGAGGUGAAGUGGGUGGAUAUGUCGAAUGCAUGGCUUUGGAAAUGGAGAAGAUGUAUAUAAUUCAUGGUGAAGUUGAUUUAUGUGAAACAGAUACGAGAACUCCUUACACACAGUAUAUGCGUUAUCAUCUCCUUGUUGCAGCUUCUUCUGGUUCGAGGUAUGUUCUUGAAGGGAGAAAGAUAAUGAAUCCAUAUCUACUAGUUCUGUAUGCAUGGAGAGAAUCAACGACAUUGAAUGUGACACUGGCGAAAAUCAACGAUAAAAUGCCGGGAGAAGAUUCGAUGAAUCUAAAAGGAAAGCUUCGUAUUUCCGUAUUAGAGCUUCUGAAGAGUGUCUAUGCUCUUGAAGGUGGAAGCAAGUAUAAGUUCGUAUUUCUUCUAAUGCAAUCACUUCUUACAACCUAUAUUAUACGAGCACCUCGAGGAAGUCUCGCCAAAUUCAGUCCCGUGAAAUUAGCUAGCGAACCUUAUCCACACAGUACGAUUCAUGAGAUUCAAACAGAGGAUAAUUUUACAAUAUCUUGCCAGCAUUGGGAAAGUUGUGACCGACAACUCAAACGGGAGGAAAAACCAUACCCUGUUCUUCUAAUUAAUGGUUAUGCAACAGAAAGCUAUUGUUUACCAACCGAGCAAAAUGAUCUUAUUAGAACUCUACUAAAAGAUGGGCACGAUAUAUGGUUACUUCAUUCACGAGUGCACUGGUCGAAUCCUUCAAACAACUUCUCAGUUGAUGACAUAGGCAAAAUAGACAUUCCAGCAGCAAUGAAUAAGAUUAUUGAGUUCUACGGUGAAUCCAUAAGAGUACACGUAGUAGCACACUGUGUUGGAGGUUUAGCCAUUCAUAUCUCGCUUAUGGGAGGCUUUGUACCGGCCAAACAUAUAGCUUCUCUGUCUUGUACAAACUCCUCAAUGUUUUAUAAACUCACCACAUCCUCGUUGGUCAAAAUGUGGCUUCCCCUUCUCCCAAUGUCAAUGACAAUAAUCGGUAAGAACAAGAUACUGCCCAUGCUGCAAGAAUCUGCAGCAAGUUACAGACACAAGCUUCUAAAAUCAAUAGCGCGUUUAAUCCCUCGCUACGAAAGAUGCACCUGUGACGAAUGCGAGGUCUUCUCAGGCAUAUUCGGCAACGCGUAUUGGCACGAAAACAUAAGCGAUUCGAUGCACCACUGGAUGAACAAGGAGAAUCUGCCGAAGCUUCCAAUGGCAGCAUUUCCUCACCUCCGACGAAUUUGUAAUUCCGGUUUCAUAGUGGACAGUAAAGGUAGCAACUCUUAUCUGAUUCACCCCGAGAGAAUGGCAGUGCCGACGCUAUAUAUAUCGGGCGGAAGAACCCUACUUGUGAGAACCGAGACUUCGUUUCUUGCGAAUAAAUACAUGAAGCUGCACCAGCCUGGCUACAGGCACGAGAGGGUGGUGGUCGAUGGUUUCGGCCAUUCGGAUCUUUUGAUUGGUCAGAAAUCAGAUGAGAAGGUUUUUCCACACAUACAAAAUCAUAUUGAGUUGGCUGAAGAUGAAAUGAGUUCUUUCAAGAAGCAGAGAGAGUAUAAUAAGUACAUGAAAGAGGCUUUGGCAUGGAGUUGUGAUCCAUAUGAAGAUGGAGAAAGUUUUGGGAGUUGGGUUUUGCCUUUUAUCACCAUUUUAUUACUUGUGCUUCUUUUCAAAUUGUUUUUCUUAUCAGGGUUUUCAUAGUUUUUUUUUUUUUUUUUUUUUUUUUUUUU